GAUGGCGCGCUUUGAAUAAUUGAAUUGAGCAGCAUUUUUAGUGGAUUUUGGCGCCCAGCUCGUAAGAGCAAGCGUCUCUUCCAUUUCCAAAUUUCCAAAAUGAAAAAUUAAAAUAAAAUAAACCGCGCUUCCCCAAUUUCACUUCCUUCCUUUCCAUACUAUUAAAAGCUCUUUUCGAAUUCAUUUCAACUUCUCAGCUAGGGUUUUCUCAAACCCUAUUUCUCUUCUUUGUUGGCGCAAGCAAGAACAAUCGAUUCAAUUGAAGGGAAAAUAAUGGGAUCUGUAGAGCUUUUGGAUUCCGCCGCUCUUCCUAAUCAGAUCGGAACCAAGAAAAAGGGCAAAAAAUCAGAAACAAAUGAGUCUACCAAGAACAAUCACAAAGGGAAAAAGCGUAGUGGUAGCAAUUGCAAUCAGGAUCAGAUUCAGACCGAGUCCGAGGUUUCUGGGGCGACUCGCAAAAUGCCCCGGCGGGCGGCGGCAUGCAUGGACUUCAAAGAGAAGGCGGUCCCAUUAUCGGAGAAAUCCUCCCUAAGUUCCAUCAAGGAAAGCCUGGUUGUAGAGGAAGAGAUCCUUGCCCUGCGUCUCACUUGUCCCCAAAAUGACCAAACUGAUGAAUCCCGCCCCAACAGAAGACUCUCUGAUUUCAUCAUCCAUGACGAGCACGGUGUUUCGCGGCCCCUCGAGAUGUUAGAAUUUGAUGACAUGUUCAUUUCUGGGCUUGUACUGCCUCUCGAGGAAUCCGCUGACAAGGACAAGGAACGGGGUGUGAGGUGCGAAGGUUUUGGGCGGAUUGAGACGUGGGACAUCUCUGGUUAUGAGGAUGGAGUCCCUGUCGUAUGGCUGUCCACUGAAGCAGCCGAUUACCAUUGCCUGAAACCGGCUGCUAGUUACAAGAAAUUCUAUGACCUUUUCUUCGAAAAGGCGAAUGCUUGUGUGCAGGUUUACAAACAAGCCUCCAAGUGUUUUGGAAUUGGAGGGGAAACCAACUCCUCCCUAUGCCUUGAUGAGUUGCUGGCUGGUGUUGCCCGUGCCAAUGCUAGCAAGUGCUUUGCUGGCGGGGCUUCUGUCAAGGACUUUGUUGUUUCCCAGGGUGAGUUUAUAUAUAAUCAGUUGAUGGGAUUGGAUGAAACGUCAAAGAAGAGUGAUCGCAUGUUUGCCAACUUGCCUGUUCUUGUUGCCUUAAGAGAUGAGUGCAGAGAGCGCCAAGGGGGAAUAAUUUCAUCUUCAGUUAGCGGGACAUUAAAGAUUGGUGAUCCGGAUACCAAAGUGAAAACUUCUGGUAUGGCAGAGGAGGAUGAGGAUGUCAAGUUGGCAAGGCUGUUGCAAGAAGAAGAGUAUUGGCAGUCAAUGAAACAGAAAAAGAGCCGGGAUUUAUCCUCCUCGGGUUUGAGCAAGUACUAUGUCAAAAUUAAUGAGGAUGAAAUCGUGAAUGACUAUCCUCUUCCUGCUUAUUACAAGAAUUCAGCUGAAGAAACUGAUGAAUUCAUAGUAUUUGACAGUGAUAUGGAUGUGUGCUAUCCUGAUGAGCUCCCUCGAAGCAUGCUUCAUAAUUGGUCUCUUUAUAAUUCAGACUUGAGAUUGGUAUCGCUGGAGCUUCUUCCCAUGAAGCCUUGUGCAGAUAUGGAUGUCACUAUCUACGGAUCGGGUGUUAUGACUGCGGAUGAUGGGAGCGGAUUCUGCCUUGAUGAUCAUUCUUCAAGGGGCUCGGGAGCAGAGACUGUUGAUGGGAUGCCAAUCUAUUUGAGUGCUAUUAAAGAGUGGAUGAUUGAAUUUGGGUCCUCAAUGAUCUUCAUUUCUAUCCGAACUGAUAUGGCAUGGUAUAGACUUGGAAAGCCGUCAAAACAAUAUGCCCCGUGGUACGAAACAGUUCUGAAGACUGCUAAGCUUGGUAUAAGUAUUAUUACUUUGUUGAAGGAGCAAAUUCGGGUAUCACGGCUUUCGUUUGCAGAUGUCAUUAAGAAGUUAUCUGAGUUUAAGAAAGAUGACCGUGCUUACAUUUCGUCUGAUCCAGCAACUGUUGAGAGAUAUGUGGUGGUGCACGGGCAGAUUAUACUGCAGUUGUUUGCUGAAUUCCCGGAUGAAAAGAUUAAAAAGUGUUCAUUUGUGGUCCGCCUUGCAAACAAAAUGGAGGAGAGACACCACACUAAAUGGUUGGUUAAGAAGAAAAAGAUGGUGCAGCAGAAGAGUGAACAUAAUUUGAAUCCCAGAGCAGCUAUGGCACCUGUGGCAUCACAGAGGAAGGCUAUGCAAGCGACGACGACACGACUGAUCAACAGAAUUUGGGGGGAGUACUACUCCAAUUACUCUCCUGAGGAAUCAAACAAUGAAACUAAAGAAGAGGAAGAAGCUGAGGAGCAAGAGGAAAAUGAGGAUGAAGAAGUUGAAGAGAACUUAGAAGGCUUGGAGAGAGAAGAGAAGCCUUGUGCUGUUUUGAAAAAGACCACCAGAUCAUGCUCUGUUGAGAGUGAAAUCAUAAGAUGGGAUGGGCAGCCUGUGGGCAUAACAAGUUCUGGAGAGCAUCUUUACAAACGGGCUAUUAUUCGUGGUGAUGAAGUUGUUGUGGGAGGUGCCGUUUUGGUGGAAUUUGAAGAAUCAGAUAAAUCACCAGCCAUAUAUUUUGUGGAGUACAUGUUUGAGGCAUCAGAUGGUAGCAAAAUGUUGCAUGGAAGAAUGAUGCAGCGAGGAUCUCAGACGGUUCUCGGCAAUGCUGCUAAUGAGAGGGAGGUGUUCUUGACAAAUGAAUGCUUAGACAUGGGAUUGAAGGCAAUUACACAGAAUGUUGUCGUGGAUAUCAGGUUAAAGCCAUGGGGUCAUGAGCAUAGGAAGGAUAAUGCAAAUGCUGACAAAAUUGACAGAGCAAGAGCUGAAGAGAGGAAGAAGAAAGGAUUGCCUGUGGAGUAUUACUGCAAAAGCUUGUAUUGGCCUGAGAAAGGUGCUUUUUUUAGUCUCUCUCAUGAUAUUAUUGGCUUAGGAUCUGGUUUCUGCCACUCCUGCAGAACAAAGGAGGUCCAGAAGGAAAAGGAAGUUUUCAAAGUGAAUUCCUCUAAAACUGGUUUUGUCUACAAUGGAACCGACUAUUCUGUUCAUGAUUAUGUGUAUGUAAGCCCUUGUCAUUUUGCCGAGGAUAGGGUGGAAAAUGAAAAGUUCAAAGCGGGAAGGAAUGUGGGUCUAAAACCUUUUGUUGUGUGCCAAAUACUCGAGGUAAUUGUCAAAAAAGAAACCAAACAAGCUGAUAUUAAAUCUACAGAGGUUAAGAUGAGAAGAUUUUACAGGCCAGAGGAUAUAUCAAUUGAAAAGGCAUACGCUUCUGAUAUUCGGAUGGUGUACUAUAGUGAAGUAUCAGAUAUUUUUCCUGUUCAUAGUAUAGAAGGGAAAUGCGAAGUCAGAAAGAAGAAUGAUGUUCCACCAGUGUGCAAUGCUCCUUCCAUAUUUGAGCAUAUUUUCUUCUGUGAACAUAUGUAUGAUCCAGACAAGGGGUCGCUCAAGCAGUUGCCUGCAAACAUCAAACUAAGGUACUCAACCGGAAACUCGGAUAAUGAAGCUGCAGCUAGAAAGAAGAAGGGCAAGAGUAAAGAGGGAGAAGAUGAUUUAGAGAUUGAAAAGCAAAGAGAAGCAUCUCAGCAGAAAUGUUUGGUUACAUUAGACAUUUUUGCCGGUUGUGGUGGCUUGUCAGAGGGUUUGCAUCAGUAUGGUGCUUCAAAAACGAAGUGGGCGAUAGAGUAUGAAGAACCAGCUGGAGAUGCAUUUAAACUCAACCAUCCAGAGUCAAUGGUCUUCAUUAAUAACUGCAACGUGAUUUUAAGGGCUGUGAUGGAGAAGUGUGGGGAUGCCGAUGAUUGUAUCUCAACCUCUGAAGCGGCUGACUUAGCUGCAAAGCUGGACGAGAAGGUAACUAAUGAUUUGCCACUACCAGGGCAAGUGGAUUUCAUUAAUGGAGGACCACCAUGUCAGGGAUUUUCUGGGAUGAAUAGGUUCAACCAAGGCACUUGGAGUAAGGUUCAGUGUGAAAUGAUCUUAGCAUUCUUAUCCUUCGCAGACUACUUCCGCCCCAAGUAUUUUCUCUUAGAGAACGUGAGGAACUUCAUUUCCUUUAACAAGGGGCAAACAUUUCGUUUGACUCUUGCAUCUCUGCUUGAGAUGGGUUACCAGGUGAGAUUCGGUAUUCUGGAAGCCGGAGCCUUCGGUGUUUCUCAGUCUAGAAAGCGAGCAUUUAUUUGGGCAGCCUCCCCGGAAGAGGUACUUCCAGAAUGGCCAGAGCCAAUGCAUGUUUUUGCGGCCCCAGAAUUGAAGAUCACUUUAUCUAGAAACUCGCAAUAUGCUGCUGCUAGGAGCACUGCAAAUGGAGCUCCUUUCCGAGCUAUUACUGUGAGAGAUACAAUUGGGGAUCUUCCAGCUGUAGGAAAUGGAGCCUCCAAGACCAAUUUAGAGUAUCAAGGUGAUCCCGUCUCAUGGUUUCAAAAGAAAACUAGAGGGAAUAUGGCAGUUUUGAUCGACCACAUAUCAAAGGAAAUGAAUGAGUUGAAUCUAAUUCGAUGUCAGAAGAUUCCUAAGCGAGCUGGUGCCGAUUGGCAUGACCUUCCGGAUGAAAAGGUGAAACUGUCCACUGGUCAAGUGGUUGAUCUGAUACCAUGGUGUUUACCAAACACUGCCAAGCGCCACAACCAGUGGAAGGGUCUGUUUGGAAGGUUGGACUGGGAUGGGAAUUUUCCGACUUCAAUCACAGAUCCUCAACCAAUGGGUAAGGUGGGAAUGUGCUUUCACCCUGAACAGGACCGGAUUCUUACUGUUCGAGAAUGCGCUAGAUCUCAAGGUUUCCCUGAUAGCUACCAAUUUUCUGGUAACAUUCUUCACAAGCACAGGCAGAUUGGGAAUGCAGUUCCUCCACCUCUGGCAUGUGCACUUGGUAGAAAACUCAAGGAAGCCAUCGACAGUAAGAGGUCGAGCUAGGGGGUUAUUGUUCGUUGCUUUUUUUGCUUGGAAGUUGCGAGAUCGAAGUGUUGGAAUUACUUGAAUCUAAAUUAGCUAGACUAGAGAGAGAGCUGUAAGCAUGUACUACAGUACUAGGCAAAAUUUAUUACAGAUGUUGAUCAUUGAACAGGAUCCAUCAAAGUGACGAAAACCUGAGAAGCUCAAAAAUGUGGUUAUCCGCUGUUAGAGCAUGAGAAUAAACAAAC